AUGGUACCACCCAACAAACGAAAAGCAGAAGGAUCACCAGCGACACAGCGAUUUACUAAAGUUCCUAGGACCGGGCUCCAGAUGGGGCAGUCAAAUCCACAAUCAUCCAUGGCUGCAUUAUUUAGGGCGAAUAAGCUAGUUCACGACUUGAAAGAUUCGCAGCUUCGCACUAUUCUCGUUCAAGCAUAUAUCACACAUCCUGACAUAGCCCACGUAGUCGAUUUGGAACAUGCAAAGAUGGAGCAUUUAGAUGAAGCCCCAUCCGAAUCCGACGCUGAACUAGAUGCUGCUCCUGACGCUGCCUCUAGUUCCGAAUCAGAAGACAUUACUGACGAAAGACCUCGUGCGAACGGGGACGAUGAGAUUUCAGGAUCGGAGAAUGAAAACCCCAAUAAAGAUAGAAAGGUCACAGAACUCAAACGGCGCGGUAUUUUUGAAGAUUUCUCCUGCUCCUGUAAAGACGAAUGCGCAAGCAGUCGAUGCCAAUGUUCCAAGAACUCCUUCAGUUGCGGUCCAGACUGCAAAUGUACCUCCUGUGUCAACAUUUUGAACAAAUUUGCCCUCUUCCUCGGAGAAGAAAGAUUACGCGCUACCAAUUGUUUUGCCGGUUGGAUGAAGGCUCAAGGGCCUGAUUUCGAUCUUAAUUCCGCAUACACACAAGAAGAACUACGAAGUACGAUUAUGGGAGUCGAUGAAAAGAAAUAUUACGAUGAGCCCGAAGGAGACAUAUUCUACGAUGGAUCUGAUGAAGAAAUAGAAAAGCUCGGCCAAAAGUGGCUUAAAGCUAAGACUGAAGCAGCCAGAAAACCUAUUCGGAUCGCCUUGUUCAAAAGGGCAUUGGUUGAAGAUUGUGGAUAUUAUUUUUCCUUCUGCUCUGGUGCAUGGGAAGAAUUUAGCCAUACUCGACAUUGCCCUGUUUGUAACGAGUGCAACGAUUGGAGAGAGUGGCAUUUGUUGAGUACUCCUCCAAGGCUAGUUGAGCUCUAUAAAGAAGGUGUUCUGGCGACCGACAUCUUAAAGCACUGA